AGCACCAUGGUGUUCGCUCCAGGUGAGAAGCCAGGGACAGAGCAAGAUGAAGUUAAGCUGCAGAACGCCAGCAAGCAGAUUGUGCAAACUGCUAUCCUCCGAGCAGUGCAGCAAGUUUCCCAGGAGAGCCAACAAAAGGAGAAGAGAAGAAACAGCAGUACAAGCCUCCAGCUAGAAAGAGGAAAAUUAGCCAAGAAGCAUGAAAAGAAGUAAAGGGGAAGAUUGUUUUUUUCAGUCCUCCAGUCUGCGUAUUUUCAGCCUUCUCUUUAAUAUCAGCUGUAUUGCUAGUGCAAUGUUACUGCUGUAAAGCAAACCAAAGUAUAAUCACACCUAGACAUAGGGUAAAGCUGCAAUAGUCCUCAGCUGAGAAAUAUUAAGUGCAUUAGAUGACUAACUCUAUAUUUAUGCAGUGCCUCUUAACAGAAAAAAAUAACCAUAGCUAUAAAAGUAGUUCCAAGCACAAGCUUUUAUGAUACGGACUUAUUCUGAAAAGCUUGUUGUCAGUGCACUUUCGUGUAAGUUCUGUGUGCAAUGUCAUGUCAGUUCAGCUGGAUGGACUCUUCUUUGAAUUACUGGGUUCACUGAAGCUGUCUUCACUGAAGAAAUAGCAGAAUGCUUUCAGGCUGCUUUGAAGCACGAGUUUGUACUUUGCUUUGAUUAAACAUGAACUAUGCUCAAAUGGCAGUAUAAAGUAGAUUUGGUAAGUUCCGUGAACCAAGUUUUUUCUUCAUCUUGGGAUGGGGAG